AUGUCUACAGGAGGUGGCAGCAAAAAGGAGGAACGCCGGCCAGCUUACACCCGCUGCCUGGUCUCGUUUUUUCUUUCGUAUUUGGUGAAAAAGUGGCAUUUUUUUUUUGUUAAAAAAAAGCACGAGAUCAGGGAGGGAUGUGUCCUUUCUCUUUACAUCAGGAAGUGCUCGGUACCUGGGGGCUUUCCAGGUGUUCUGGCGCUCUGGGCCCUAAUCACGCAUGUGAUGUAUGUGCAGGAUUACUGGAGGACCUGGUUAAAAGGGCUGAGGUUCUUCCUCUUCAUCGGGAUCCUCUUCUCAGCCCUCUCAGUGGUGGGCUUCUGCACCUUCCUCGUCCUGGCCAUCACCGAGCACCAGUCUCUGACUGAUCCCAGAAGCUACUACCUGUCGUGCGUCUGGAGCUUCAUCUCCUUGAAAUGGGCCUUCCUGCUCAGUUUGUACGCCUACCGGUACCGGAACGAGUUCGCAGACAUCAGUAUCCUCAGUGACUUCUAACACUCGGACUCCAAUCCCGUCUGAAGGUGCCGGAGGUCUGAUUUGCCCCCCGAAGGCAUGGUACAUGCGAGAGAUGCGCAAGAGGCGGAGAAGGAACUUACCCGGCGCUGCUUGGUUUGUCUGUCUGCAGUAGGGGUCCUUCCUAAUUGCUUUUACUCAACCAUUUAAAGUUCGGCUAACGAUGUCAAUCCGGUCUUUCUGUAACUUCCCCGGGAGUCCCCGUGGCUGGUAGCGGGUC